AUGCUCACCUCUUCAAUGCGGCCGCAAGUGACCUCUCUCCGUCAACUGCUCUGGGCCUUUGCACUCGUGGCCUGCGUCAUACGGCCCACUGCGAGCCACGCGACGAGCAAUGGAGCGCUGCGUCCCACCGUUACGACAACAACUGCUGCCCAUUCCAGUAGCACUAGCAGUAGCAGUGCACGUCACUGGCCGUCUUUGAAGCUCCACUUUACACUGAAGCGCAGCUCCAUGCAGUUGUUCGGUCAGCCCGAGUUUGACGUGUACGCGAACCCGAUCGUCUCACAUGACGGCACACGCGUCUACUACGACGGCUACGUGGACUUUGUCGAAGAGACUGCUCGGACGCGGUACUUUAUGGUCGACGGCGUCGCGUACGCCACGCGGACUGAACUGGACGAAACGGGUCGAGUCGUGGCGCGCAUGACGCACUGCUUACCUGUGAGCGUCUUGCCGCCGUUCGAGGAGAUCAUGACCGCGUUGAACGACGUGACCGUCGCGUCGACGGCCCGGCGCAACGGCGACAAGAUCACGUGUGCUGCAGGGCACCUUUUCGAAGUGACGUUCCAGGGCCUGGAGAUGGAGAUGGUCAUCUGUGCUUCGGGAGCUGCUGGUCUUCGCGCGUACGCGAGCGACAUUGACAUUGAGGUCACGUUCCUGAAGUAUCGAGUCAAAGUACCGGUGCCGAAGGUGACUGCAGGAUCGAUGGGCGAGUGCCGAAGGGCUGUCAAGGCCACGGACAUGACCCCUGUAGCCGCGGCGUUGCUCACGGGUGCACCGGUUCCCGAUAGCGAAGAACGAGGCGAGGGCAGCAGUUUGCCUGUCACGCUGUCGUCCACGACGUGCACGUGCAAGUCCGACCCCCGGCCGUGUCUCUUUAUCCACGGCCUGGGCAACGACUACGCCGAAGACGAGCUACAGGACUCGAUGCCGGACUACUGGGGCAACUUGACCGAGCACGCGCCGUGCUGCACCGAGUUCAAGUACAUGGUGUGGAAUUCCGUCGUUGUGGGCUGGAACAACGACACGCAGCAGCAGAUCAUGUGCGACCUCGCGACGUCCGUGGCCAAGUCGAGCUCGUCGACCAAAAUCGCCGACACGAUCGUCGUGACGCAUUCCAUGGGCGGCCUCGCGCUCGCCGGGGCGAUUGCCAGUGGGAAGUGCGCGCUGGCCAACAGCAGCUCGUGGGUCGCCAUGAGUGCCCCCAUGUCCGGAAGUAUGGGCUCGGACUUUGCGCUCGAGGCGUGCAAUGGCGAGCACACGUACUUCAUGAAAGUGAUUGGCAACCUCACGAGUCAGUGCUCGAUGCUCAAUGCGACAAAGUCGCUCUUGUACCAGGGCGGGGAGUUUGCCAACAAGGCCAUGAACGACGCCUACGAAGCCGCUCAAGAGGCCUAUCGGGACAACGUGUUUGCAGCAAUGUGCAGCAACUCGUACGCCGGGCUGUUUUCGCGCUACCUCCCGGUCUACUGGCUGCUCGGAUCCACGCUGCCGCACAAGACGGCCGAGAACGACGGGCUGGUCGAGUUCAAUAGCUGCACCGGGGGACUCCCGGCCGAGCACUUUGGCGACCACUACAAAGACCGGUUCUACAGGACGCAACUCAAUCACGCCGACACGACGUUUUACUUUGGCGACGGGCUCUUUAACUCGGCGCAGAAGCCCGCCAAGUGGUUCGAGUGCCUGUUGUAG